AUGGAGAUGCACAUGGCUCUCACGAAGGACAAUUCCCCCCGCGAGUUACUUAGUAGUAUCCCGCCAAAACCCACAGAAAACCAAGGAUCCACGCUAUUACCUAUACCGAACCCGCAUGCAAUCACUAUUCUCAGUCGGAAGGGCAUCAAAUACAUCAUUCCCGGUCCUCUUCUCAUCAAGCCCCCAUGGAUAAAGAACAGCACCCAGGCCAAGUACCAGCGCAAGUAUCAAGCCCUGAUCCUGAAUAUCCCCAGACCCCUAUCCAUGUUUUCUGCAACGGCCUCACGUCAGAGUCCAAAAACGAACCCUCUCGGAUUUUCCAACAUUGUAUCAAUAUCAACAGCACCUUUGGCAAUGGCACAACCCAUAUCGAAAAAGCCUUCGUUAGGAGUACAUUUCGAACAAAGCGUGGGGCAGUCGGACGACGGAAUAUCCGUGCACGUGGAACCUUCGGAGCAAGUAGGACCCUCAAGGCUACCGGUGGGACCGUUGUCAAAAAAAGCGUCACAAUACCAACCAUUCGGGGCCAUACCAAUUUGUUGCUCGACAAAUCGACCGGGUACACCUCCCCCGACAGCGGGCCUAUAUGGCGGGUCUGGUCAUCCUACGGAAGCGCCUGUUACAGAUCAUGAGCAUGGAGUGAGCGGAUAUCCCCAACCAACGGGAGAUCUGGUGGCGGGAAGCAGUAAUGACGACCCGGAACUUGGCCCCCCUAACUUUGAGCGGGUUGUCUUACGUAUCGAUGGCUUCAAGUGCGGGUGCUGUGAAGGGGGUUUGUCACGAAUUAUUGGCCGAAUACCCGCCAUCAGAAACCACCAAGUGAACCCUGUUCUAGCCCGCGUCGAGCUCGACUUGGACACCAAUCGCUGUUCUGUCAGCGAUAUCAUCAAGAAACUGGAAAUGAGCACCGGAUAUCACUUCGAACGACAAGUCGCGUCCGACGGCCAGGUACUUGAGUUUAUCAUUAGUGACCCCCGGCGGUUGAAUUGUGCAGAUCAAAUACCAGGUGUCCUUCGAAUCGAAGCACCGGAAAGAGCAUCCUGGCGCCCACUGCAAUUGCUGAGCGGACGUAGUCUGUUUGCAUGGACGCCUAUCAUGAAUUACACACCCCCCACCCUAUCUUUUACAGCGUUGGUACAGUUUACAGCUGUUACCAAUAACAACAGUUACGCCCACGCCUCCCUAGCGCUUGCAUCGCUGGUACAGCUCAUCGCCUUCAAGGAAUUUGUUCCAAGCGCCUUUCGAUCUCUCUAUCAUUCUCGGGUGCUCGAAAUGGACUUUCUGGUUGCCAUCAGUACCACGAUAGCGUACGUUUAUAGCGUCCUAUCGUACGCCCUCAGAAGAAGGGGCAGUACUAUGCAAACGCAAUCAUUCUUCGAAGCUUCCACCUUGCUAGUCACGCUCAUCUUGCUCGGUCGUGUUAUCAACGAGUUCGCGCGGUUUCGGGCGGCCAAGUCUGUCUCGUUCCGUUCACUCCAAAUUGAUGAAGCUCUAGUCGUCGAAGACCCUGGUCAUCUAUACGCGACGUGGGCAAAUGUCAAGACAACCAGAAUCGAUGCCCGGCUUUUGCAGUAUGGUGAUGUCUUCACAGUCCCCCCACAUACCAGGAUUGUCACCGAUGGCAUCGUCUUGUAUGGAGGCUCCAAUGUCGACGAGUCAAUGAUUACUGGCGAGUUUGAGCCGAGAGCGAAGGGCUUGGAAUCCGAGGUUUUUGCCGGCACCAACAAUGGAGAGGGUCUUCUUGUCGUCAGACUCACUAGACUACCGCAUGAGAACUCAGUGCAUGAGAUUGCAGCUAUGGUCGAGGACGCGGUAUUGACGAAGCCAAAAGCGCAAGCGCUUGCCGAUCGUAUCGCGUCCUGGUUUGUACCUGCAAUAGCCAUACUUGGACUCACCGUAUUCCUCACCUGGAUGCUCGUCGGAGUAUAUAUCAAGCACAAGCCCUGGGGAAAUGCGGCAUUGAAAGCAAUCCCGUAUGCUAUCGCCACUCUCAUCGUGUCCUGCCCAUGCGCGAUCGGUCUUGCGGUACCCAUGGUUAUUCUUAUAGCCGGCGGUGUGGCAGCCCGUCACGGGAUUAUCUUCAGGGAUCCUCAAAAACUCGAGAUUGCCCGUAACGUUACAGAUGUCAUCUUCGACAAGACUGGAACCGUUACUUGUGCGAAGUUGGAGGUUAUUGGUAUCCCGAAAUACCGCGCCGUUGAUAACUCUCGCACAAAAGGCCUAUUGAUGUGUCUAUUGAAGGACAUCAAGCAUCCGGUGUCUGAGGGGAUUCGGCGUCAUCUCGAACGAGACAUGCUCUUCAAUCAAGACUUUGGGUCUCUUCCAGUCAGCGAUAUCAUCAGCAUUCCAGGUGAAGGAGUCAAAGGCAUCUGCGUUGAUACAGGGGCCGAGAUACGCGUCGGAAAUGCUGGAUGGUUAAACAUCAACGAAACUGGGCGAGAAGUCAACACUGCGUGCCAUUGUACGAUUGGCGGAGAUCUUCGUGUCAGCUUUGAGCUCAUGGACCGUACUCGCCCUGGGGCAGAAAUGGUAAUAAAAGAGCUACACGCACGCGGCAUACAAGUGCACUUACUGAGUGGCGACAACGAAAGCGCCGUAGCUGACAUGGCAGGCGCCCUAUACAUUCAACGACAGAACACAAAGGCAGGCUGUAAACCCCAGGGCAAGAUGAACUACAUAAAAGAUCUGCAAGACCGAGGGAAGGUCGUUAUGUUUGUUGGGGAUGGCACGAAUGACUCGGUUGCGCUGAAACAAGCGAAUGUCGGUGUGCAUGUCAACCAAGGGUCGGACAUUGCGAAAAGCGCCGCCGAUGUCGUCCUAAUGACGACGCGCCUCCACGACAUCCUACUCUUGCUCGACAUUUCCAAGGCCGCCUACCGUCGUAUCGUGAUCAAUUUCGUAUGGUCGGCCUUGUACAACCUUUUUGCAAUCUCACUGGCGGCCGGAGUUUUCGUCGUGCUCGGAAGCAGUUUCAGAAUCUCACCGCAGUACGCUGGUCUCGGUGAGCUCAUCAGUGUAUUGCCAGUCGUAUUGAUCGCAUGUCAAAUGCGAUGGCGGAACUAUGGCCACAAGUACCGAGCGAUCGAAAACGACUAUCAAAAGGUGGAAGCGCCAAAGCGGGAGCGUCGUCUACGCAGUCAGACAGGCUCUUCGACUGACAGCGCCGGCUGUUGUGAGGUAUCCGCAACUACGUUGGCAAGAAUUGAUGCCAUGACACGCCGAAGCAAUUAA